AUGCCCAUGGUUGUACCAAAUGUUGUGACGUGGAAAUGGAUUGUGGAGCGACAGUAUAAUAUGCAUCUACUAGCUCUUGGCAUCUCCGAUCGCAUAAAUUCCCACAUCCAACGCGAUGUUAGAACUACAAAUCCGUACGCUGCGAUGAGUAACGUGAUACCUAUUGAUGAUAAUGACCCGGCCAACUAA